CCCUCAGGCCAGGGAGACGCGCAGGGACGAGUCUGGAGCAGAGGCGCAUCUCUGUGAGUUCUGUGUGGCAACAGUGUUUUUAUCUUCUAAUUAUGUCUGAUUUCAUCAUGUCUUCUGAGGAAAAUGUUGCAAGCCAGACUUCCACCCAGAGUGAGGAUCCAGAGCAGCAUCAACAGAAUGUUGUGAGCAGGGUGGCCAACCUGCCUCUGGUCAGCUCCACCUAUGACAUGGUCUCCACAGCCUACACCUCCACCAAAGAGAAUCACCCCUACAUCAAAUCCGUCUGUGAUGUGGCGGAGAAAGGCGUGAAGACCAUCACCGCCGCGGCUGUCGGUGGCGCCCAGCCGAUCCUGACCAAACUGGAGCCACAGAUUGCAACAGUGAACGAGUAUGCAUGCAAGGGGCUGGAUAAACUGGAGGAGAAGCUGCCAAUUCUUCAACAGCCAACUGAAAAGGUUGUGGCUGACACCAAGGAGCUGGUGUCUUCCACCGUGACCGGUGCUAGAGAUGCUGUCUCCAACACAGUCAACGGAGCGAAGGAUGCUGUGACAGGGGUGGUGGACAUGGCCAAAGGAGCUGUCCAGGGAAGCAUGGAGAUGACCAGAUCAGUGGUGACCAGCAGCAUGAACACAGUCAUGGGGUCCAGAAUGGGCCAGAUGGUGGUGACCGGAGUGGAUGCCAUGCUGGGGAAAUCAGAAGAGCUGGUAGAUCAUUACCUCCCCAUGACAGAUCAAGAACUAGCUAAACUGGCCACAUCUGUGGAAGGCUUUGAAAUGGCAUCUGUGGAGCAGCAGAAGCAGCAGCAGAGUUACUUUGUGCGCCUGGGGUCCCUGUCCACCAAGCUCCGCCACCGAGCCUACCAGCACUCCCUGGGCAAGCUGAGGCAUGCCCGGCAGAGCACCCAAGAGGCUCUGUCCCAGCUCCACCAAACCAUAGAACUGAUUGAAUACGUAAAGCAGGGUGUGGACCAGAAGCUCCAUGAUGGCCAGGAGAAGCUACACCAGAUGUGGCUGGAGUGGAGCAGGAGGCAGUCAGAGGGGAAAGAGGACUCUGACACUGCACAGCCAGAGGUGGAAUCUCGGACACUAGUGAUGUUCCGUGGCAUCACCCAACAGCUGCAAACCACCUGCCUGAACCUAAUGACCAAUGUCCAAGGCCUCCCCACCAGCAUCCAGGACAAGGUGCGGCAGCUCCGUCACAAUGUUGAAGAGCUCCACGCAUCCUUCUCCACUGCCCAUUCCUUCCAAGAUCUGUCCGGCACCGUCCUGACCCAGAGCCGGGAGAGGGUGGCCAAGGCCCGGGAGUCUAUGGAUGAGCUGCUGGACUACGUGGUGCAGAAUGCUCCCCUGCCUUGGCUGGUUGGACCUUUCGCUCCCAGGCUGGUAGAGAUCCCAGAAAUUCCAGCUGCUGGAAAGGAUGUGGAGGAGGAAGCUGCAGGUUGCACAGUUCAGCAAGGAGGAGAUGAGAAGAUGGACAGCACAGCCCAGCAAGCCUCUGUGCGAAAGGAGGACCCUUAGAAGGCUCCAUAUACCUGCAGUUGGCUUCUUGUGAGGGAAAGAGAUUGUAUGCAAUUCACUUGUGUGGACACAGGGGGGCUUGUGUGUGUGUGUGUGUGUGUGUGUGUGUCACCUGCAUCUGGGGAAGGGUGGCAGGAUGUUAAUGUAGAUAAGCUGGCUGUGCGUGGAACUCCCUGUUGGCCUCACUUCUGAGACUCUCUGCUCUCUUCCUUGUCAAUCUUUUGUGCCUUCUCAAGCUCUUCUGGGCGGCUCCUUCCACAAGUGAACUCAGGCCCAUGGCAGAAGCAUCACCUCAAAGCAAAGCCAGGGUGUCUCAAUGGGAGCUCUCUCUGUAAAGUGCCCUUAACUAGGGGCUUGCGCAGACUAGAGCAGGGAGAGGACACCAACCUUCAUGGCAAUAGCACUGAACUCCAGUUGCUAAUGGACCCGUAAGAUUUCAGUCAUCCAGACUCUUGAUUACAUCUGCAGUACUCAGGGGAUGUUAAGCCUGGAUUAGCUGUAGGGUUUGUUGCAGAACCUGUCCCUCUUAGGGUCUAUUCCCUUCAGCAUUCCCAGGGCAGCUGCAUCCUUAAAUGCAACCAAAAGGGAUCAUUAGAUAUUUUCUCAAUAUUUCCCCCUGCCGCCUGUUUGAAAUGGCCAGGCCUCCUGCUCUCGUGCUGUAAAGCCAUUCAGACCCUGACUGCCUAUGAAAUGACUCUUCUAGCCAAUAAAGCAGGAAUGACUCUGCCUUUGCAAAGAAGGCAUAAUUGGUGCAGGGCUAUCUGAGUGCUGAUCUUCCAAGGGGCUUGAUUGUAACUGAAAAUCAAUAGAGAAAAAUCUCAGGCUAAUUUUCGCUCUUGUAAGUGCCACUAAUGGUUUGUAUCUUGUAGAAUAACUAAGUUUUUUUUUUUUUUCCCACAAUAAAAUUUAUUAGCAGUCA